AUGUCAUCUAGCUCCACCAUUUACUCCCAGGGUUUCAAUUUCAGCGACUUCUUGCAGAAAGGUGUCGAUCCACGUACCGGUCAAUAUAUGUGUACGGUUGAUCUGUAUGAAGCACCAAUCCAAGCCAGAAACUGCCCUUCGUUUAAGCUAUCCUUGGGCUUCAAUCCUUUGAACACACAAGAUAUCGGAUUGGGUCAAGGAUGGUCAUUCAGCCUCCCUUCUUAUGAUCACCGUCAAUCGAAUCGGAUGGUCAGUCUUUCGACGGGCGAGUCCUUCCGAGUUACGGAAACAUCCAGCGCCAUUUUCACGACUGAUCAAAAGCUCAAAAGCUCAAUCGUGAAGAAGCUAGACUCCAAUUCCUACCAGAUCACUUACAAAUCGGGGCAAGUCGAGACUCUGUCGAAUUUCAACAAUAGAUAUAACAAGUCUGUUCUUGUUGACUUAUAUGCCUCCACCGGUCGCUCACUCUCAUUCACGUGGUCUGCACUUGGCGAGAUUCCUCGCCUCGAGAAAAUCCAGCAAGGUUCAGAGGUUCUCCUUGAGAUCAAGUAUGGAGCAUCUCAAGUCGACAUAACAAAAGCUCCGAAUACCUCUGAGGCUACUUCAUUUACUCUCAUUCAAAGGAACAAUCAGCUGACGGAAAUUAAAUUGCCUUGGGAAGGAGCAUCCUGGAAGUUCACCUACGAGAAAUUUGGUCAAAUAGUCCAUCUAAACAAUGUAACCAGCCCGUCUGAUCUUGUUGAGGAAAUCCGAUACCGAGCACAAGGGCAUCGAUUGCCAACAGGUGCGCUAUACCAGGCAAUCCCCUAUGCCAUAUCUCAUAUUGCACGCCCUGGCAACGCACAGCCUCCGAUCACAACCUCCUACACCUACUCGGAUUACAAUUUUCUUGCAUAUGGCAGCAGUCACAACUGGAGAGACGGGGAAGACAAUCUAUUUCUCACCCGGGAUGAAUACCAGUACACUGCAACUGUUCGAAUUGAAGGCGGGACUGAGACGAAGCAUACUUACAAUAAGUUCCAUCUUCUUGUCAGCUCCGAACAACAGAAAGGCACAAAACAAGUCAUCCAGAAAAUCACUUACCAUGCAAAUCCAUUCGCAACAUUUGAAAACCAGCCUGCGCAGUAUCAAUUACCUAAAACUGUCGAAGUUACCUAUAGGGAUGCGGCCAGUCAGACAUCUCGCACAGAAGUCAGCCAUCAUGUCUUUGAUGAGUGGGGGAAUCCAUUGAGCGAUAUAAAGCCAACUGGCAUCAAGAUAGAUCGCAUUUACUAUCCACCAGGCGGCGAAAGUGGAUCUUCCACAGGCUUGAAUUGCCCACCCGAUCCCCAUGGCUUCCAGAGAUAUUUGAAAAAAGAGACAGUAACACCAGCCAAUGGUCUUCCAGGGCCAACUCGCAGUGAAAGCUAUGCAUAUGUCCAAAUGCCCACAGCGACCGGUGCAAAGGCAACUUAUCUUGUUGUCGUUCAACAACGGCAGAAUAUGGAAGGGAGUCGACUUUUGACCAAGUUCGAAUACACUUAUAUGAACAGUGCUACAUCAAGAGAUCAUACCCGCCUUCAGCGACAGGUGACACGCCUGUUUGACCUAUAUCCCACAACACAGACUUGGAGCUAUACGUAUCCCAACAGUAGCCAGUUUUUACAGGCUAUGAAAACCACAACUUUCGAUGAUUCUACAACAGCAGAAGAGACAGGCUACUCGAUGUGGUCUGGAUUGACAGUAUCGCACAAGAACGAAGCCGGCAUUUUCACCCACUUAUACUAUGACAGCCUCGGGCGCUCAAUCAAAACAAUCAAUGCUCCAGGGACGCCCUACGAAUCUGUUGAAAGUCAGGAUUACACCCUCCUUGGAAGUAACAAUGGAUCCCGUAGGACGGUGACUGACGCAAAGGGCUUAAAAAUUCACUACAUCACAGACGGGUUAGAGAGGCUUCGGCGAGUUGAGAAACAAGAUCAUGAUGACCACGUCUUUCGGGUGAUCCAAGAGAACAGCUAUAACGCUCAGGAUCAACUCAUUGCAACUUCUGAGAUUGAUUGGCUGAGAACCGAAACGAUAGGGUCACCGGUUGAGCAAAGGAUCAAUAAAUCCAUGGAACAUGAUGAUUGGGGCAAGGUUAUCAGAGUGUCAGAAAGAUCUGGGUUGCGUACGUUGUCCCAUACAGAUCCGAUCACCAAUACGAAAGUUGAAGGCAUUGAAGGCGAGGGUAUGACCAAAACCAGAUUGAAUCUCUUUGGCGCCCCCACACAGAUAGCACUACACCUAAGUGACAAAAACAGCACACUAUACAGCAAGAUCGACUACACUUAUGAUGGCUUGAAUCGACUUGUCAGUCAAAAAGAUAUCCUGGGUCGUACAACACAGUACAAAACAGAUUCCUUCGACCGUGUAAUUGAGACCAUUUGGCCUGAUGCUCGUGGGGUAAAGACGCAGUAUGCAAGCCAGACCACAGCCGUACUACCUACUUCAGUAAAGCUAAAUGACAAGCUCGUUGGUGAGCAAACUUUUGAUGGAUUAGGUCGUGUUACACGGAAAGUAAUUGGCACACGAACUACCAGUCAAAUCUAUCAAGGAAUCUCACCCGAGCCUGCGCAAAUAAUAAACCCAAAGGGAGAGCAACACAGCCUAACCUAUCACCCAGUUUUAGACGGCGCACUUACGCAGUUGACCAGUAGCAAACAUACAGAUACUUAUCAGUACGACGCUCGAAAUGCUGCUCCGUUGCAGCUCAAAGGUCCUGAUGCGACCCAUGAUUUGCAAUAUUCAACCUCUGGACUACUUUCUCAGGAAGCCAUUAAGGUCACUGGAGGCCAGCUAUCUGUAACUAAGUACACCUACUCGAUGGCCGGAAGAUUGCAAAAGGCGGAUACGAAUGGUGAAUUGCACGAGACGCAUUAUGAUGCAUUUGGAAGACCUCAGCGAGUGGUACAAGGCAGAUUGAGUGUGUCCUUUGUAUAUGACAAUGCAAGCCGCGUAACCGAAAGUCGUGUUGAAGAUGGAGAGAAGAAGACCAAAAUAACUACGGCUUUUACCUACGACGAUUUUGGCCGGGAAAUCAAGCGAUCUGUGAACACCGGAGAAUCAACCUUGCUAUAUACUCUUAGCCAGACAUACAAUGGAAUCGGUCUUGUGGCUUCUCGCCGUCAGGAGAAGAGCGGCAGUGUUGUGGUGCGGAGCGAAAGCUUCGAAUACGAUGUUCAUAACCGUCUCGUCGACUACCAAUGUCAAGGAAAUCAGCCCCCUGCUGAUAAACAAGGAAAUCUACUUAAAAAGCAGCAAUUCGAAUUCGAUGACUACGACAACAUUGUUCGAACUUCUACGGUUUUUCAAGACGACAGCUCGAAUAUCUCUGUGAACUCUUUUAGCGCACAAGAUCCUACUCAACUCAUCCGGAUUACCAACACACAUACAACUUACCCCUCCCAGGUGAGCCUCGAGUAUGAUCAGAAUGGCUGCUUAACGCGCGACGAACAAGGCCGAAGUCUGGAGUACGAUAACUUGAGUCGCUUAAUUUGUGUGCGAGGUGCCAACGACAAUAUCCUUGCUCAAUAUCUGUACGAUGCAGCUGGAAAACUGGCCUCUCAGAAAGUGCCCAAUCAACCAGACACUACCUUCUUUUAUCGAGGAUCCCUUGUCGCAGUACAGAAAGGAGAACGACAUGUGAGCUACUUGUCUAACGGAUCUGAAUAUUGGGGUGAAACAAUCUCUCAACAAGGGGGAGACACCAAAACUCAUCUGUGGGCUUCAGAUUGUCAACAAUCUAUUCUCACCACGAUGAAUUCUCAAAAUCCUGAUCAGAUUCAAUACCAGCAGUACACACCAUAUGGUUGCUCCGGCCUUGAAGCUGGAAACUCAUUCUCCUCCAUAAGCUUCAAUGGACAAUGGCGAGAUCCCAUCACUGGAUGGUACCAUCUAGGCAACGGGUACCGAGUUUACAAUCCCCAGCUUAGGCGAUUCCAUACACCUGAUCCUUGGAGUCCAUUUGCAUCGGGUGAGAUCAAUCCUUAUGUAUAUUGUUUAGGAGAUCCGAUCAAUCGAGUCGAUCCGAAUGGUCAUUUCAGUCUCUUCGGCAUGAAGUUUGGUUGGAAAGAUCUUAUCAUGGUGACCAUUGGAAUUGCCGUUAGUAUAGGUGUUGGUAUCCUCACGGGUGGUGCAAGCUUAGCUAUACAGAUUGGUGUUGGUAUUGCCGCAGGUGUUGCCAGCGACGUGGUAGCCGGUAUGAUUGGAAGUGCGGCAGAAGGGCAAGCGAUAACUUGGAGAAGCGUCGGUUUAGAUGCGCUUGGUGGACUGAUUGGUGGAAUAGGUGGCGAGAUAGGUGGGCAAGCUCUAAAGCAGGGGUUCAGAGCUACCAAAGCCUUGCCAGUGGCUCUUAAAAAGACAGUAGGCCGAGCUGCCUCGUACACUGUUACAAAAGAAGUGGCUGGUGGCGUCAGUAGGAGUGUGUCGGCAGCUGUGAAGAGCGGGUUGAGAGGUUCCGUUCGAGGGUUGAUUCCAGGGCAAGUGGCAUCACGAAAAUUAGUGCCUCUUCUUGCCCCCGAUCCUCAGGAUGAAGGCGAGGAAUCUCAACAAGGGCCUUCGAAUUUAUCAUCGAAUAGCGGUAGCGAAGCUUUCACAGCCAAUCCGCUAGGGCGUUCUGGGCCUGCUCAAAUUGGUAGCCAGUCUUUCUACCUUGACAGAGGAUCCUCUAUAACGAGAGAUAUCAUACGGCCUCUCAUGAAAGAUGGUGAUGAAACCGCUCUGUCGACAUCAUCUAUGAGUAACUAUGGUACGGAGGCUAGCGCUGGACAGUCCGCCGUUGCAAAUCUGCUUAAUCGUAGUAUUAGGUUUACUUAUGGUCCACUGACGGAUAGGCAAUCUGAAGAAGACUCUUAG